CAAAAAUUUUAAUUGUCAUUUCAAAUACAUUAAAAUAAGUACACAAUAUCUAGUUUCUUAUUUAGGUACCUUAAAAUAAAUAGAGCAAAUCUUUAGCAAAAAUUAUUAUUUUCAAUAUUAGCGAUGAAACCAGUUAAAUCAGCUUCUUUACCAUAAGCUUUUUCAUUGUAGCAACUUAAAGAUUAAUAAAAUGGAUAAAACGCUACUGGAUAAAAUGAAAACCUAAAGGUUGUUGUUAGAUGCAGACCGCCUUUACCUAGAGAAAUAUAUGAUUAGCACUUUAUUUCUACAGUUGAAGUAUCUCCUGACUAUAGGAAAAUAUCUCUCUAUGAAUAUAGAAACAUUGAUCUAGUUCCUCCUGAAUAGGUUCCUCAAUAUUUAGAUAAUUAAAACAAUUACUCAGUGCAUUAGUUUACAUUCGAUUUCGUGUAUGAUUAAAAUAGUUCAUAAGAAGAUGUCUAUAACAAUACAGCAAGAAACUCUGUUCUCUCUGCUUUAGAUGGUUUCAAUGCAUCUAUCAUAGCUUAUGGGUAAACAGGCACUGGUAAAACAUACACUAUGGAAGGUUUUUCAUAUAAAUAUCAUCAUCCUAAUAUUGGUAUUAUUCCUAGAUCAGUGGAUGAAAUUUUCAAUUACAUCCAAAACUGUUAAGGAAAAUAGUCAACUUUCAUGGUGAGAGCAAGCUAUUUGCAAAUUUACAAUGAAAUAAUAUCUGAUUUGCUGAAGGUAGAUAGGCAAAACUUGAGUAUCCGUGAAGAUAGAAAAAAGGGUGUCUAUGUUGAAGGUCUUAGUGAGUGGGCUGUCAGAUCUCCAAGAGAUAUUUAUGCUUUAAUUAAAAGAGGUGCUGUUGCCAGAGCAACUGCAAGCACAAAGCUCAAUGAUGUUUCAAGUAGAUCUCAUGCUGUUUUUAUCAUUACGGUUGAGUAAAUGUAUACUGAUGAUGAAAACAAGCCUAAAAAAAUUAAGGUUGGUAAACUAAAUCUUGUGGAUCUUGCUGGUUCUGAAAGAGUAAGAGUUUCAGGAGCAACAGGGUAAAGGUUGGAAGAAUGCAAAAAAAUUAAUUAGAGUCUAUCAGCACUUGGUAAUGUUAUAUCAGCUUUAACAGAUCCCAAAGGAACCAGAGGACAUAUCCCUUAUAGAGAUUCCAAAAUAACCCGUUUAUUAGAAGAUAGUUUAGGUGGUAACUGCAAAACUACUAUGAUAGCAACUAUAUCUCCAGCAAAUGAAGCAUUUGGAGAAUCGUUAUCCACACUUAAGUUUGCAAAUAGAGCAAAAAAUAUCAAAAAUAAUCCUAUUGUUAAUGAAGAUCUUGAUUAAAGGGCUUUAUUAAGAAGAUACGAAGAUGAGUUGCUAAAACUUAGAGGUGAACUAUAAAAGAAAUCUCAAAAUAUAGUAGAUUAGUAGAAAAUAUAGUAGCUUGAAGAAGAUAAGCAAAGAGUUCUUUAGGCUUAUCAGUAGCGCUCUAAAGAAUACUAUGAAGAAAUAGAGGCCAAAAAGUUGUUAGAAGAGUAAAUAAAAGCUUUAUAGAGUUAAGUGUUGAUGGGAGGUCAAAAAUUAGAAGAAAAUGAGAGAAUAAAGAGUAUGCUUGAAGAGUAAUAAAGGAAAAUAAGAUAAGAAUAUGAAUAGAAAGUUUAGGAUUUGGAAAGAGAAAGAUAGCAAAUAGUUUAAGAUAAAGAAGAGAGUGAUAAAUAUAAGCAGCUGCUGUUAAAGUAGAGAGAUAUUAUGAUAGCACUCACUUCCAGAUUAAAUGAAAGAGAUGAGUCUAUUGUUUAGUAUUAAGAAGAAUUGGAUGCAUAUGAAAAAAUUAACAAAGAUUUAGAUCAGAGUUUAUAAAAAUAUGCAAAACGAGUUAUACAACUGUAACAUAUUUUAAAAUAGAAUAAUAUAAAUUUCCCUGAUGAAAUAGAUAAUUAUGCAAAUUACUCUUAAGUUACUUAUGGUGAUUAGGUAGCUUACAAUGUGGUCAAUGAUAAGCUCAACAAAUAUGAUGAAAAACUUAUAGAAAUGUCUUAGAUCAUAGAAAGUUAGAAAUACGAAAUCGAAUAAUUAAAGAAAAAUUCGCAUUAAAAUGAAAAUACUCCAAAUCAAAGCAGAACAAAUUAUUACCAAAAUGGUGACUUAACCUAAUUGUAGAAAGCCUUAAUUGAGAAAGAUCAUUUGAUUACCAAAUUGAGAAACGAAAUAUAAAUAAAUUCUGGAUCCACUCUUUCCCAAUCUUAGAGCUCGUUCUACUCUUAAUAACAAGGCUUUAAUGAGUAAUAAAAUAAUAUGAAUAUUCAUUAGCUGUUUAAUCAAACUUCUGAUAUGAAAAAUUCUGUUGAUUAAAUUAUUUAAGCCUUAGCUUCUCCUAAUAAUCCUAAUUCAUUUGCUGAAGUUGGAUAACAACUACUUUUAUUGUAAUAAAAAAUAAAUGGAAACCACUAGCUUUUAAAAAAAGCAACAGGAAGCAUCUUAAAACCUAAUUCUGGUAAUUUGUAGCAUUCGCAAAGCACAUAAGUGAUGAGAUAACCAAAUGAAAGAGUGAAUGGAAAAAAAGUUAAUUUUUAGCAUUUAGAUGAUGGAGAAGUCAGAGAAACUUAAUCUAUUGAUUAGUAUAGAUAACAUAAUAAUUAAAAUGCGCAACUAUAGUAGCAGCAAGUAUAACACAAGCCCAUGUUUUAUCAAAAAUUAUCUUAAUAGCAAAUUGAAGAAAUGAUAAAAAAUAGAUAAAAUAAAAAUAAUAAUUAAAAUUAUGUAAAUAGCAAUUAGUAAAAUCACUAAUAAGGCUAAUCACAUAGCUUGAAUAGUAAUCAAAAUAAUUAUAGUAAUUAAUCAAUAUAUUCAAUCUAAAACCCAUAAUCAUCGUACUCAUAAAUACAAUAGCAUUUAUCACAAUUUUAGAACUAGUUUGCUAAGAAAAUGUGA